UUCAAGCCGCCAGUCUUCGGUUCGAGCUCAGCCAACGAAGUCGCAGAGCGGAGAAAAAUCGCAGAGAAUCAGAGAGUUAGUGUGAGGGAGAGACACAUAGUAUAUACCCUCUCUGUCGCACCCUAUACGAUCUAGGCUUUUGGCCAAACUGUGCGUGAAAUCGCCAACACGAAUUUGAAUUUAAAAUUGGACACAUACGAAAAGCGAUGUCAUAAUGGAGCCAAUGACCAUGCUGGUGUUGGCCUUCCAGCUGCUGGCGCUCUUCUCGAUCGCCGGCGCGCUGCUCAUCUACCUGAUCUGCAAGGUGCGCGAGGAUAGCGCCUCGGCCAGUGCGGAUUCCCAGCCCAGUCGGGUGGUCCUGGUCACCAGCGCAGAUACCGCACUGGGUCUCCAGCUGUGCACCCACUUGGCCAACAAGGGAUGUCGGGUUUUCGCCGGAAUGAAGGAGGCCCACGACUCGCUGCCCGCCAAACUCCUCUGCGGCUGGAUGAAGAUCCGCGAGUACAGUGAGGAGCCCAUUGCGGGCACUAUAAUUCCGAUGCGUCUGGACGUCACCCGGGAGGAUGUGCUGCGCGAGGCCACCGUUUCCAUGGGCGCCCACCUGAAUGCCGACGAGCGCGGCAUUGCAGCCGUAAUUAACACCAGUGGCAGUGUGUUUCGCGGCAAAGUGGAGUCCCAGGAUGUUCAGCAGUGGGAGCACAUGCUCAAGACCAAUAUCCUGGGUACGCUGCGUGUGGCCAAGGCCUUUGUGGGCUUCCUGCGUCCCACACGCGGCCGGCUUCUUUACUUGGGCGGUGGUGGCGGAGGCGGAGGAAGUGGAGCUGCUCGCACCGGUGGCGAUGGACUGGUGGCCUUCAAUGCCUCCCGCGUGGCCGUGGACAAGUGCGCCGAGGAGCUGCGCAAGGAGCUGCAGCCGUAUGGCGUCAGCGUGGUGGCUCUGGACACCUGCGGCAUGACGGCGGAGUCGUUGUACAAGGCGCCAGUGGCACAAACCAUGUCCUCCACCGCUGGAGCUCCCACGCAGUACACGGCGGACGUGCUCAGUCCAGGCGCCCUGCAGGUGAUCGAGCGGGCCCUGUGGGACUUUGCCCCGCAGCAGCGCUAUCCGCUCCUGAGCCACAACAAGUAUCAAUUCACGUUGCCAUGCCGCUCCUCGCUGCGCCUCCAAAGGCCGGUAUCUCCAGUCGUCGGCGAGUCCGCCACCCAGUCGGUUUGAGACCCGCUUCCUUCCACUUCCUGUAUAUAUGCUCCUGAUCCCGUCCCGAUUCCGUUUUUCUUGACCUUAUCCCGUUCCAGGUCCUGCUCUCCGUACUCUGUUUUAAUCUAUCUGCAAAUUAUUUUUGUUUGAUAAUAUUUCUUCCUUUAGGAAGGCCUUUAUAAUAUUUACUUUAUACUCGUUUUUGUACACACUGCUAAAGGUGUAAUUGAUGGACAUUGUACGUGAUGUUACGAUAUAUGAAAAAAUAAAUCUUUGUGCUAAUCUA